AUGAGUUGUUUUCUUCAAUUGCUGCUGAUUUGUGGUGCAGCUGUGGUGCUGCAGGCUUACGGCUUGGGUGGCAUCAGUGCGGUGCCGGUGGUGCAACAAGUACCGGUGGUGCAACAAGUGCCGGUGGUGCAGCAAGUGGCCGUAGUACAACAACAACCACAGGCGCUGGCCUUAGGUGGUGGCUUGCUGGGCGGUGGUGCAGCUGGCUUCGGCGGUGGUUUCGGCAGCUAUCGCGAGACCUAUCGCGUUAGAGGACGUGCCUUCGGCGGCGGUGGCUUCAAAGGUGGCCUUGGACAUGGCGGCUUUGGCGCCGGUGGCUUCGGCGGCGGUGGCUUUCGCGCACGCUACGACAAAAAGGUCGUGGGUGGAUUUGGUGGUGCUGGCGUGCUGGGCGGUGCAGGCGGUGGCGCACUGUUUGGAUAA